AAUAAAGAAUAAAUCUUAACCCGAAUACAGCGUAAGUUCACCUAACAUCACUUUGUGUCCUGACCCAAAUCCCUCACCUGUGUUGCAGCCGCCUGCAUAACCACUCUUUCUCGCAUCAAUGGCGGAAACUGCCGACAAAUCUCAAACUCUCGCUGAGCAAUACUAUGUGAAGGACAAACAAGACAAAGUAGAGGUAGUUGAAAAACCUGUUGCUGUCGAGGAAGUUGAAAAGCCAAAGGAGGCUACUUCUGCAGAAGCUGUUGUUGAGAAAGCUGAAGAAAGCACUCUAGAGCCGAGCAGUGAAACUGUUGUCCAAGAAAGCAAUCUAGAACCAAGUAGUGAAACUGUUGUCCAAGAAAGCAAUGUAGAGCCAAGCAGUGAAACUGUUGUCCAAGAAAGCAAUAUAGAGCCAAGCAGUGAAACUGUUGUCGAUCAAAGUUCUGGUGAUCAAGAGGAAGCUGAAGAGAAACCUGAAAUUAAGCUAGAGACUGCUCCAGUAGAUUUCCGUUUUCCAACUACUAAUCAAACAAGGCAUUGCUUCACCCGAUACAUUGAAUAUCAUCGAUGUGUUGCUGCAAAGGGAGACGAUGCACAAGAAUGUGAUAAGUUUGCCAAGUAUUAUCGUGCUCUUUGCCCUGGCGAAUGGGUUGACCGAUGGAACGAGCAACGCGAGAAUGGAACAUUCCCAGGCCCACUGUAGGGUGGCAUAUGUCUGAGAUAGAUGCACAAUUCACUUGCAGUAUUACAUUUAAAAUUGCAAGAGACAAACUUCCAAACACUUUAGGGAAUGUUCAAUGUUGAGCAUUGGGUUAAUAAGAAAUUUUGCUUUUCGAUUUUUAAACCACCUUUAGUUGUAUAAUUGCAGGAAAUGCUUCUGGUGAAAUGUCCAGAUAUCUGUUUUGUUAAUUACUGGAUUCUUAACUGAGGGAUUGGUGUCUGAGUUUUUUAUUCCCCCAAGUAAUAAAUUAAAGAGUUUUUAA